AUGGGUGCCGCUUCCUCCUUGGAGCUGAGCACCUUGCUCAUCCACUGUGCACAGGCCGUGGCCACGGACAAUCGCCGCAGUGCGACCGAAUUGCUGAGACAGAUCAAGCAGCAUUCCUCACCGAAGGGUGACGCCACACAGAGGUUGGCACGUUGUUUUGCAGAGGGAUUGGAGGCGCGGCUGGCAGGGUCAGGGAGCCAGCUCUACAGGUCUCUCAUGGCUGAGCGCGUCUCGGUCGUGGAGUACCUCAAGGCCUACUGGUUGUACCUGGCAGCUUGCUGUUUCAAAAUGACGGCAUUCAGGUUCUCCAACAGGACAAUCCUCAAGGCCAUCGCUGGGAGGAAAAAGGUUCACAUCGUGGAUUACGGCGUGAAUUAUGGGGUUCAGUGGCCAGCUUUGCUAUACCAUUUGGCGAACUUCGAGGGUGGACCUCCUGAAGUGAGGAUCACUGGCAUUGAUCUCCCCCAGCCCGGCUUCCGCCCAGCGGUGCGGAUCGAGGAGACAGGGCGGCGGCUUAGCAAUUAUGCUCGUCAGCUCGGUGUGCCAUUCAAGUUCCACGGCAUCACGGUGAGGUGGGACACAGUUUGUGUUGAUGACCUGAACAUUGACCCUGAUGAGGUACUCAUUGUCAACAGUAUCAUGCAGUUUGGAAAUUUGAUGGAUGAGGGGGUCGACAUCGAUAGCCCUAGGGAUGUUGUCCUCAGAACCAUUCGCAAGAUGCAACCUGAUGCGUUCAUCCUUCAUGUCAUGAAUGUCUCGUUUAGCGUUCCAUUCUUUGUAACACGUUUCCGUGAGGCGCUGUUCUUUUACUCUGCAAUGUUUGACAUGCUGGAUGCCACGGCUCCACGGGAUAGUCACCAGCGCUUUUUGGUUGAGCGGCACCUCUUUAGGCAGUGUAACCUCAAUGUUGUUGCCUGUGAGGGCACGGACAGGGUGGAGCGCCCGGAGACAUAA